AUGCUUAGACGGCUUUAUGAACUUCGAGAAGUAGCAAUAUUUCUAGAUUUGCAGCAGAAGGUAGAUCUCCAUGACAAGUUCCAGUCUAAAAGCUUUCAGCUAUCUCUUGCUUACCUGGUGGAUACCAUCGAAGCGUUGAAUGCUCUCGACCUUAAGCUACAAGGGGAAAACAUCAACAUUCUCACACACCUCAACACCAUUCGAACCUUCAUGGCCAAACUCGACAUCUGGAAAUGUCGAAUUCAAAAGGAAAAUACAACCAGUUUUAGUUAUUUGGAUUCUACUCUCAUUCACGGUAACCUUGAUUCUGAGUUAAAGAAACAAAUUAUCACUCAUCUAACUGACCUGAAAACAGAAUUCAUCAGAUUCUUCCCAGAUAUAGAGGAAAAGCGUGAAACUUGGAAAUUCAUCAGGAACCUAUUUCAGUGUGAAGUGACUGAUGUUUUGGAUGAAGUGCAAAAGUUUCUUGAGCUGAAGUUUAACUCACCAGCUAAGGAAGACUUCAAAGAACUGGAUCUUGAAAUGUUUUGGAUCAAGUACUUUCUAGUUUACCCUCUCAUCUCACAUCAGGCUCUUCGGAUUUUAACUAUGUUUGGAUGCACGUAUCUUUGUGAAGCUGCAUUUUCCACGCUCGUUGCUGUCAAGACCAAGUACAGAAACAGGCUGAACGUUGAAAGGGACUUACGUUGUGCAUUCUCUGGCUUUCAACCACGCAUUCAAGAUCUUAUAGCUAAGAAGCAGUGCCAAUUUAAUUUGUACCAUAGUGGUUAA